UCAUUCCUUAGCUCUAAGUAGCCUGGGCCCCAGCACUGGCUCUCCCCUGGGUGUGGUAAGUGAGCUGUGUCCUUAAGAGCAGGUGGGGAGGGCUGGCUACAGGAACAUAAGAGAGAAGUAGGACCAGUUCCCUCCAGACUGCUAGUGUGUGGCCCAGGGCGGAGCCCCUGGGUUUAAAGAGCAGAACCGACCCAAGCUGUCCUCAGACUUGCUCUCCUGCACCCAGCACCACUCACCCAGCUGGGGUGAUCUCCAGCAGCCUGCAGCCUUGCCCUGUAUCCUGACAUGGAGGGAAUAGCCUGUGCCUUCCUCCUGCUGCUAGCAGGUCUGCCUGCCUUGGAAGCCAGUGACCCAAUUGCUGAGUACCCACCACUGCACCCUGAUAAAGGAAGUCCCUUCUAUUAUGACUGGGAGAGCCUGCAACUGGGUGGAAUGAUCUUUGGAGGGCUCCUGUGCAUCGCUGGGAUUGCCACGGUCCUGAUUCUUUACCUGGGAAAGCCACUCCACUCAUCACUCCAGGCUCUGCCAGUACCUGAUGAACUGAACACAGGACCAAGCUGGAGGCAGCUCUGGCCAGCCUCAUGCUGUCCCUCCUCAUUGGAGACUUUCUUCCCAGGAAAUGGCCUCUCUAGAGCAUACUGUUGUCCUCAGUGACGGGAAGGGG